AGAAAGCAACCGCAUCAUCCCAUGUUUAGAGUAUGUCUUCUUUUUUUCUUUUUUUUUUUCCAGCCCCAUUUUGAUCUCUCUUUGUCUAGACACAGACGCACAAAGAAAAAAGAAAACAUGGAAACUGAAACUCCACCCACAAAGAAGAGUCCACACCACACCCAACUAAUCGCUCUGUCUCUCUCUCUCCAAUGGCCCAGCUGGACCAAAAUUUAUGUAGAAGAAAAACCAAAAAAAGGGAAGGAAAGAUGGAGAGGAGAAGAGAAGGAAAGAAAAUAUAUACGGAGAGGCAAUAGUAGAUGUCUUCAAUUGUCCUCCCAACCAAACCCACCUCACAAAACCUCUUUUACCAGCCACCUCUCUUCCUAUCUCUCUCACAGUCACAGCACAACAACGGAUAAAAGCAUGUGUACCAGAAAUACCCUUCUGCUGCAACCCCAAAAAAAUCCCAUCUUCAUCACUGUCUCAGACUCUCAAAAGAAAAAUCAUUUUUCUCACCGAAUAAUGUGGGCUUCUUUGGGUUUUCUUUGUCAUGGUCAGAGUCUCACAGAGAAAACAGGAAAGCAAGAAACUUCCCCUCACUUCUUUCUUGUUUCUAUCCCCAUCUCUCUCUCAACCGUUCUCUUUCCUUGUUAUUUAUUUUUGUUCCGUCUCUUUCUUACCUCUUCAUAUUUCUCUGUUAUUAUCAUUGAGACUCUUCUCCUGCCUAUUUCUUUUCUAUUUCUUCAUAGUUGCUUCGUUUUGUUAUCUGGGUUCUUUUGUUUCUCUGUAAUCUGAUAUGAAGAAGCUGAAAGGGGUGGGUGUGGCUCCUAGAACUACGUCUCCUCCUCCGCAUGGCUUUUAUGAUGACAGAAUCAGUUUCAAACAUCAAAGCCUCUUGCAAGACUACGAGGAGCUAUUCAAAGAAACAGAGGUCAAGAAGAAGAAGUUGGAGAGGACAAAACAGAGAAGACUGACCCUCUUGGGUGAAGUCCGAUUUUUGAGGCUGCGUUACAUGCACUUAAUGCAAAACCAGUAUCAAAAAUCCGUGCCUGAACAACAAUUCCCAGAGAGUUCUGAAAUUAAAAGUAGAGACAUUGCAAAAAAAAGUAGUUGGAAUGGAAAGAAAUAUGCUUUACCACCUCCAGUUCCACCUUUCGUUUUGAACAAGAAGGGAAAGACUUACGUUGAAAGACAAACCACUUUGAAAAAACCUGCUUCAAGUUUUGACGUAAGCCAGAAGCAAAAGAUUUAUGGUGCAACAGAAGAUGCUCUACAGGAUUCCAGAUCAAUUCUUGACUUGAAUGAAAGGGGAAGAAUUCAGAGUGGAGAGGAAGCUACUGUCCGAAAUGGAACCCCGGUUUUUGAUUUAAACCAGAUUUUGAUAGACGAGGAAGAAUUGAAGGGUAAUCGUGAGUCAUUGAGAACGGAGGAGCCAAAGAAAAGUUCAAUUAGAGCCGGAAGUGAUGAGCAAUACAAUGAUGUGAUGUUAUCAGCCUGUAGAAAUAUUGGCAAUGUGCCAAGCAAGUCGGGGAAGAGGAAGAUCUCAUGGCAAGACCAGCUAGCGUUGAGGGUUUGAAACCAUCUUUGUGAGUUCCAAAAUAUUUUACAGUUUUGGUGGUUUGAAAAGUUUUCUUUGUGAUACCCAAUUUGCAUACUUAAUUUUCAUUUGUAAAGGCAAUUCUUAUAUAUCCAUUAUGAUAAUCAAGAUUUUAUGGGCAUCAUCUUUCUUUCUCUACCUUGUAGAUGCUGUUUAGUCCCUGUGAAUUUCUUGGUUGGCGUAAACUAGAUGCCAUUUUGGAAUCCUCCAAAA